AUGCCUGGCAAAAAUCAAAGCACAGUGACUGAAUUUUUUUUUGUUGGAUUCACUGAUGUUCCAGACCUUCAGUAUGUCCUCUUCCUGGUGUUCCUGGUGAUUUAUGUGGUCACUGCAAUGGGGAACCUCGGGCUGAUCAUAUUGAUCAGGACUGAAUCUUGCCUCCACACUCCCAUGUACUUCUUCCUCAGCCACUUGGCUUUCAUGGACUUCUGCUAUUCUUCAGUGACUGCUCCAAAGAUCCUGGGAGACUUGGUGGAGAAGACAUCCAUUCCAUAUGGGGCCUGCAUUGCUCAGUAUUUUUUCUUCACCAUGUUUUUAGCAGGAGAGUUCCUUCUUCUGGUUGUGAUGGCCUAUGAUCGUUACAUUGCAAUUAGUAACCCUUUGCUUUAUACGGUUGUCAUGACCAAAAGGCUGUCCUCUUCACUGAUGGUGGGAGUAUAUAUUUGGGGCAUUGUGAAUUCCUUGGUUCAGACAGGCGGCUUGCUCAGAUUGUCCUUCUGUGGUCCAAAUCUUAUCAACCAUUACUUCUGUGACCUCCCUGCACUUCUCCUUCUGUCCUGUACUGACACCUUUAUCACAUAUAAUAUGCUUGGCAAAAAUCAAAGCACAGUGACUGAAUUCUUUUUUGUGGGAUUUACGGAUGUUCCAGACCUUCAGUGUGCCCUCUUUGUGUUGUUCCUGGUGAUUUAUGCUGUCACUGUGUUCGGGAACCUUGGACUGAUCAUGUUAAUCAAGACUGAAUCCUGCCUCCACACCCCCAUGUACUUCUUCCUCAGCCACUUGGCUUUCAUAGACUUCUGCUAUUCUUCAGUGACUUCUCCAAAGAUCCUGGGAGACUUGAUGGAGAAGAUAUCCAUUUCAUAUGGGGCCUGCAUUGCUCAGUUUUUUUUCUUCACUAUGUUUGUGUCCGGAGAGUACUUUCUGCUGGGUGUGAUGGCCUAUGAUCGUUACAUGGCAAUUAGUAACCCUUUGCUUUACACAGUUGUCAUGACCAAGAAGCUGUGCUCUUCACUGAUGGUGGGAGUAUAUAUUUGGGGCUUUGUGAAUUCCUUGGUUCACACCAGUGGCUUGCUCAAACUGUCCUUCUGUGGUCCGAAUGUCAUCAACCAUUACUUCUGUGACCUCCCUGCCCUUCUCCUGCUGUCCUGUACUGACACCCUCAUCAAUGAGCUGCUACUUUUCACUUUUGGGACUGUGUUUGAAAUCUCCAUCCUGCUCAUCCUCAUCAUCAACUAUGUUUUCAUCAUCAUAGCUGUGCUGAGGAUCCCAUCCACUGAAGGCAGGUACAAAGCCUUCAACACCUGUGCAUCCCAUCUAACCUCAAUUGCCAUAUUACAUGGCACAAUUAUAUUCAUGUAUUUCAGGCCUCCUUCCAGCUACUCCUUAGAUACUGAUAAAGUGUCCUCUGUCUUCUAUACAUCCAUCAUUCCCAUGCUGAACCCUGUGAUCUACAGUGUGAGGAACACAGAUGUGAAAUAUGCCUUCAGGAAAAUGAUCGAGAGGAAAACGUUUUUUUUUUUUUUUAAAUAA